AUGUCCCCCAAAUUUGAUAUUGGUCAACAAUUGUUAUGAGGGUACGCCUACCCAGCCGCGCAAACCCGAAAGCAGUGGUUCUACGGCUCCAAAUGCGAACUUUUAAGACUUACAAAAACAGGAGAUCCCGAGGUGAAUCCACCCCCCACGCCCAAUACGUUGGGGACCAGCCCUACUACACCAAAAACCAAUGAUCCUGGAUACACCCAUGAUAAAGAGAACGGUACGCAUACUUCUGACACCAACACCACGACCACACCAAAAACCAACGAUCCCCAAAGUACCGGUGAUAACGGCGAUGGUACAAAUAGUACUGUCCCAGUCGUAGCAACAACAAACAAUGCUGCGCCUACAUCCGGAUCUCUUUCGCUCGUGGCUUUUACAGUUGCGAUGUUCACUGUCCUCAUGGUCUGA